CUUUUAAAAAUGGCAGCGCCCAUUUGACAUGCUACCUGAUCAGGCGGGAGAGCACGAAUAUUGUUUACAUGAAUCAGAGACCAUAUAAACAAUUUGGAGAAGACGGUUGGCAGUAUUACAAGUCCGGAUAUGUAGUUGUCAUCGGGCGUGCUGCGGUACAGCUGUUGUGCAUCAAGCUGAAAUCCAGGAAAAGGGUGUGUUCCUUAAAAUAAUACAACAAACAAAUAAGUUAAGACCAACCUGUUUGGUUGUCAAACAUCUCCAAAGAUCUAAGCGAGAAGCGUAUAAAGAAAUCCGUCAACAUGGCUAUGUCAGACUGCAUGUCGGAUCAAGUGUUUGCGAACUCUCUGAAAUCGUCACACAAAACACUUUUUGUUCUCGAUAGACAUCCGUAUUUCAGCAAGUCCAGUAAACAGCCGAUUGAAUAUGAUGUUAUAACAAGGUCCAAAACACCAGGCAUUAUCCCAGCGGCUCCCAUCACAAAGACGUUAUGGACCUGCAGCGUGGAGUGCAUGAUGGAAUACAUGCGAAUUGUGUUUGACAUCUACCCAGUGAGAAAGCUGAUUCGCAUUGUCACUGGAAAUCAUUCUCUAAAUUCAUGGUCUCAGAAAGAACAAAAUUUACAGCAGCUGAUGAUAGCCCUGGCUCAUCUCGGUCCACCGACAAGUCGCAACAAGUCUGAGGAUGAGUAUAGUGUGAUGCACGGCUUGGCUCGGGCCGUCGAGGUGAUGUGCGAACCCAGCGAGGCACAGUCUGAUCAAGCAGAAAACGGAGAGGUAGUCCACAAUCAUGGACGUAUCAUUUGCCUCACUUCAUUUAAGAGUGAUGCUCAUGUCCGGAUGCUGGAGGAGUGUGUUCAGGACGCCAUCACUCAACACAACAAGCUGCAGGUUGACCAGGAUGGGCUGAUCCCGAUAGAUCACAUAGAGUUGGUCCUGCUGCACAUCACGGCUGUCGGGGAUGAGGCCAAACUGUCCGAGCGGCCAAAACGAGAGGUGUCAUCAAUCUUGGCCAGUGAAGUUCUAAUCAGUCAGUCUGGAAAAUUUCUCUACAACAAGUUGGUAUCACUUGUACAGAGACACUACAACCUUGGGUCUACCACUGUGACUGGCAUCCCAAUGAAGGAAGAGCAGAAUGCAAGCUCCUCCGCCAACUAUGACGUAGAGCUGUUGCACCCAGCAUCUGUGCAUGAGGAGAUCUUCAAGACAGUGAGCCAUGUAGAGGGACUGGUCAUACCGUCCAAGGAAGGACUUCCCACAGAGACGGUCACUCUCAAGUGGUGCACACCCAAGUCCAACAGCAUAGAACUGCAUCACUGCGUCGGAGCUCACAGGAUUACUCCAGUUGAUGUCAACAGUCGGCCAUCUUCCUGCCUCACCAACUUCCUGCUUGGUGGCCGGGCCGUUAUGCUGGAGCAGCCCCGUAAGACCGGUGCCAAAGUGAUCUCGCACAUGCUGACGAGCCACGGAGGCGAGAUAUUCAUACACACCAUCCCUACAGCCAGGUCCAUCUUGGAAGACCCUCCCUCCAUCAGUGAAGGCAGCGGAGGUCGAGUGACAGACUACAGGAUACCUGACUUUGGUGAGUUCAUGAAGUCCAAUCGUCUGGCUCCAGGAACAGCCAUCACCCUUGAAGACAGGGUUGGGAAACCCAUAGAGAGAGCCCAACAACACCUGGAGAGACUGACCAGGGUGUGGCCGAUGGUCAUCGGGGAGACCAUUAUGUUCAACAUGGUGGCGACUCUGGAGCCCUUCCUAAACCUCAUCACACAGGCUACCCUCAGUGAUGAUGAAGUUCUGGAGUGCAAGAAGGUCAUCUACAAAGUGGUUGGUAUGGAGAGCAAGAAUGAGGCUUUACCAUUCCCUGUACUUGGGUCAAGGGGGAAAGGGCCCAAGAGGGAGGAGCAGUACCGACAGCUGUGGACAGAGUUGGAGAUGUUGGUGCGGGCGCAUGUGUUGACGUCGCCGUUCCACGAGAAGGUGCUGGAGUGUCUGCUGGAGUGCAAGAAGCCGUCAGAUGAUGCAAAGGGCUCACCGAAGAAGCCACUGGAGAAGUCUGCCACCAAGGAUGAAAAGAUGGAGGUGUCCGAGCAGGAGGAUUCAUGGAAGGAUUAUGAUAAAAUGAAAAGAAUGACAGAAAGGGAGAAGCAAGAUUUCCUGAAAGGAGACAAAUCACUGGACCCUUCACCACCAAAGAAAUUCAAGGCAGAGGAAUCAUUUAUCAGAUCAGGCGGCCAGAACCUGCUUUCAAUGUGGACCAAUCGCAUCAAGACAAUACACAACAAGCGACACAUCGAGUUUGCCGGUCGUGAGGACACUAGCGGUCCAGUAGCCGAGUUGUACAUACAUCUCAACGAUGAUGAAGACCAGCUGCCGGCGGAGCAGACGUCACAGACAUCCAAGUCUGGCACCAACCCCAAGUCACAGCAGACGUUAAAACGUUGACAUAUCAUCAUCAACAAGUUGACAUAUUGUCUGCAAGUCUUUAGCCUCACGUCAGCCUUGGACUCAGUUGAUAAUGAAAUAUUGGUAAACUUAAAACAAUAUGGAUAGCACUGAUUUUGGAUAUUUGUACCUCUAAGGACUUUCUUCUGUUGGGUUACAUAAUUUGGUGUCAUUGCUACUGAUGAUGGGUUUGAACCCAGACUCACUUGGGUGGCCCAGUGGAAUAAACACCAUGGUCAAGCAAUGCCAGGAUCAACUUUUAGUGGGUUUGAAUCCCUGAUUCACCCUAUUUAUGAUUCUGGGUGUGAAUGCUUCAAAUGUGUUAAUGGACCUCAAUGUGAUAAUGGGAUGGUGGGGGAGGCUAGUGGUGAAAGCAUUCACUCUUCGCUGCGAAGACCUGAGUUCGAUUCCCCAGAUUGGUACAAUGUGUGAAGCCAGUUUCUGGUAUACCCAGCCAUGAUAUUGCUUUGGAAUAUUGCUAAAAGAGGUGUAAAACCUAACUCAUUCACUCAGACUCAAUAAUAACUUGAUCAUUCUGUAUAUAUGUAAUGGAAGCUUGUUUUAAAGGAAAUCUCACAUGAGGAAUAAAAUAUUUCUUCACA